GGCACAUCACGUGAGAUACCUUCUAAGUGGCGCCGGUUGAGCCGGCGCACUUCUCUUUUUCCUUCCUCUGAGCUUGCCGGUAGGAAUUUUCCGUAAUCCGUCUUGCCCUUAUUUCCAAUUAAUCUAAAUUAAUCUAAGCGAAGAUAAUGGCCACUGUAAGGGCGCUGAGGAAGUUCUGCCAAAAAUCGCGACAGCAAGUGUGCAGCUUUCAUUUGUCCGUGUUAAGGCAGGAGGCGGUGGUGAUAUCUGGCAGGAAGCUAGCCAAGCAGAUCCGGGAGGAGGCCCGCCUCGAUGUUGAACAGUGGGUCUCCUCUGGCAACCGACGACCCCAUCUGAGCGUGAUCCUGGUGGGCGACAAUCCAGCGAGCCAUUCCUACGUCCUCAACAAGACCCGGGCCGCCGCGGAUGUCGGAAUCAGCAGUGAGACCAUCUUGAAGCCCUCCUCUAUCUGUGAGGAAGAGCUUAUGGAGCUGAUCCACAAACUCAACACCGACCACAGAGUUGACGGCCUGCUCGUCCAGCUGCCGCUGCCAGAGCACAUCGAUGAGCGGUGUGUGUGCAACGCCGUCUCCCCCGAGAAAGACGUGGAUGGCUUCCACGUGGUCAAUGUAGGCCGCAUGUGCCUGGACCAGUCCAGCAUGCUUCCCGCCACACCUUGGGGUGUGUGGGAGAUCAUCAAGCGAACUGGUAUUCCCACGCUGGGGAAGAACGUCGUUGUUGCAGGCCGCUCCAAAAACGUGGGCAUGCCCAUUGCCAUGUUGCUGCACACGGACGGCCGUCACGAGAGGCCUGGAGGUGACGCUACGGUCACCAUCUCGCACCGCUAUACUCCCAAAGAGCAGCUUCGUCAGCACACCCAGAUCGCUGAUAUCGUCGUCGCGGCUGCGGGGAUUCCCAACCUCAUCACAGCAGACAUGAUCAAGGAGGGUGCAGCAGUCAUUGACGUUGGCAUCAACAGAGUACACGACCCCCUGACGGGCAAAAACAAACUAGUGGGGGACGUUGACUUUGAAGGAGUGCGCAAGAAGGCGAGUUAUAUCACACCGGUGCCUGGAGGGGUGGGGCCCAUGACUGUAGCCAUGCUCAUGAAGAACACUAUCAAGGCAGCUAAGAACCUUCUCCUGACCCCCCCAGAGCGAAUCCAUUUGAUGGCUUCCUCCUAACAGAACCCCGCCUUGCACAGGAAAAAGGAUGAAAAAAAAACACACAUUCCAAAGCGUGGUGCCCUGAACAGCUUGGGACGCGGGACGCCUGUGUACCUCAUCAAAGUCAUUACACACUCCACCAUUCAGCUUUUUGUUACUAUUAGUUGUCAGCUGUUACACAGCCUGCUCAUGCUGGUGAAAUAUUUAUUUUGUACUUUAGCUGUUGGGGUGCUUACAUUUAUUUAUUCUUCAUGUAUUUUAAUGUACAAGUAGCAGAAGUGAAAUGGGGGUGCACAGCCUGUCUGUAGAUGCACUUUUUUUGAAGCUCGCAGUCUUUCUCUGGACCCCAACCACAGGUCCUUACUUCGUUGGAAGUGGGGUAACCAUGGAAAUGGUGAUUCGGAGGAUCGUGGGUGAUGCAUGCUAGGUGAGACAUGCAAGGAAUACUUGACAUUUUGCCAAACAAUUUUAAGGUUGGUAUUAAUAUGUGCGGCAGAGAUUUACACAGAAGUUUUCCACUUCGUGCAUAUUCUGGUGUGUGUUGUUCUGUCAAUAACCCCCGCCCUCCCCAAACUCAAGGAAGAGUUUUCUAAAACUCAUUAAGACAUAUGUAUACCAGUAAACAAAAAGCUUUGUUUACAGAGCUGAAUAAACUAUUUACAUACAGUUUAAUAAAACAGAGUUUAUUGGG